AUGCCGCCGGCGCCGCGCAAGCGCCCGGGCCGUGCGAUCCUCGUCCUCGCCGGAGCGGGUUACCUCGCCUUCCUCCUCCUCUUCGAGCUCCCUUCCCUGCCCUUCUCGUCCCCCGCCUCCUCGUCGUCCUCGCUACCUACCCACCGCUCGCGCCGCCGCGAGCUCGAGGCCUCGGCGUCCACCUCCCUCUUCUCACCUGCCCGUCCCUCCAACCCCGCCUUCCCCUCGGCCGCGUCUCCCGCGCCGUCGCCUCCGCCGCUCCCGAUCUUCUCCUCCCUCCUCCUUCUCCCCAGGUCCAACGCCACCGCGACCCCCUUCGACGGCACCGCCGCCGACGCCUUCUCCGCCGCCAAGCCCCAUCUUGCUCACCUACGAACCGCCGCCGCCGCAUCCGCCGCGUCCCCGCCCCCGUCCUCCCCGACAUGCCCUCCCUCCAUUUCGCUGGACGCGGACAAGCUCCCCGCGGAAGGGGUCCGGACGGUGGAGCUGCCGUGCGGGCUCGCCGUGGGCUCCCACGUCACGGUGGUGGCACGCCCGAGGGCCGCGCGCCCGGAGUUCGACCCCAAGAUCGCCGAGCGCAAGGACAGGAAGACGCCUCUCAUGGUGUCGCAGUUCAUGGUCGAGCUGGUGGGCACCAAGGUCGUAGACGGCGAGGCGCCGCCCAGGAUACUGCACUUCAACCCCAGGAUCCGCGGGGACUACAGCGGCAGGCCGGUGAUUGAGAUGAAUAGCUGCUACAGGAUGCAGUGGGGCCGCUCGCAGCGAUGCGAGGGCUUCGCGUCCCGUCCCGCAGAAGAGACUGUUGAUGCUCAGCUCAAAUGUGAGAAAUGGAUUCGGGAUGAUGACAACAAGUCAGAGGAGUCAAAGAUGAAAUGGUGGGUGAAACGUUUAAUUGGUAGGCCAAAGGAUGUGCACAUCAGUUGGCCAUACCCAUUCGCAGAAGGCAAGCUGUUUGUUUUGACUCUAACAGCUGGUUUGGAGGGUUACCAUGUCAACGUUGAUGGGAGGCAUGUCACUUCAUUUCCUUACCGCACUGGUUACACUCUUGAGGAUGCAACAGGAUUGUCUCUGAAUGGAGACAUCGAUAUUGAAUCAGUUUUUGCUAGUUCUUUGCCCAGUUCACAUCCUAGUUUCUCCCCAGAGAGAUACCUCGAAAUGUCUGAGCAGUGGAGGGCCCCACCACUACCAACUGAACCAGUCGAGCUAUUUAUUGGCAUUCUGUCAGCAGCUAGCCAUUUUGCCGAGCGUAUGGCUGUGCGGAAGUCAUGGAUGAUGUAUACAAGAAAAUCAUCAAAUAUUGUAGCUCGGUUCUUUGUGGCUCUGAACGGGAAAAAGGAGAUCAAUGCAGAACUCAAAAAGGAGGCAGAGUUCUUCCGUGACAUCGUUAUCGUGCCUUUCAUGGAUAGCUAUGACCUUGUUGUUCUGAAAACCAUUGCCAUUGCCGAGUAUGGGGUUCGAGUCAUCCCGGCAAAAUAUGUAAUGAAAUGUGAUGAUGAUACAUUUGUUAGAAUUGAUUCCGUACUAGAACAAGUGAAGAAAGUUCGAAGUGAUAAGAGUGUAUAUGUGGGAAGCAUGAACUACUACCAUAGACCACUGAGAUCCGGGAAGUGGGCUGUGACUUAUGAGGAAUGGCCAGAGUCUGUGUACCCAAAUUAUGCUAAUGGGCCUGGGUAUGUGAUCUCAGCAGACAUUGCACGCUACAUUGUAUCCGAAUUUGACAAUCAGACACUUCGGCUAUUUAAGAUGGAAGAUGUCAGCAUGGGUAUGUGGGUCGAGAAAUUCAAUGUCACUCGUCGACCAGUGGAGUAUCGGCACGAUGUCAGGUUCUACCAGGCUGGUUGCUUCGAUGGUUACUUCACCGCACACUAUCAGUCCCCUCAGCACAUGAUCUGUCUGUGGGGAAAACUACAGUCUGGUAACACCCAUUGCUGCAACGUGAGAUGACGAUGGCGAAAAUUGUUGGUCAUUGUUGGUUGGAGAGGUGAUCGGCUCACAAGCACAACUAGCGUAUCAGAUGGUGUCGAAAUCACGAGGGGUGGAGGAGAGCUCUCUGCUGGGUUUGUCAUACGAUUCUUUCAUUCUUUUGGUCAGUGGCCCGGUUCCAUGCUGCUGAUUCUGACACCUGAUGGACCCUUUGGGGUUCUUUUGACACUUGUUGAUAUUUAGCUGCGUCAAAUUUUCUUGACCUAGGAAUUUUCAUGGUUGGCUUUUUGCAUGUGUACAGAAGCAGAGCUAUAUAUUUGUGAUAUAGGGCUUUCAUUUGUCUAGACUUAAUCUUGUUGUAAGAACCGAACUGAAUAGCCAGCUCAAUAGUCUGCUACGAGCUUAGUACCGGCUGAACUCUGCAGCAGAGUAUUCUAGUCAGCUCGUGAGGUGAGGUGAGCUGAAUCAUUUUAUGACAAGAGCAGUAGUUAUCACA